AUGAGUGCGGUUAAAAUUGUGCUUGUGCUUUUGGUGUUGUGCUGCGUCGAUAUGUUGGGGUCAGCGGAUGCACUUCAGCAGGAUGCUGAGGGUGUUUGCGUCGUGAAAACCAGUUCCCGAAAAACAAGGGUGAAGACGUUCGCUGCGCAAAUAAGGAAAAUGUGUGGCAAAAGAAAAUGCGUGGUGCGGAAAACUAAAGUAGAGGUCUUUACUGUCACUAAGAAUCAAACGGUUUGCUGCAACGGGUAUGGUUACAGAAGCGAAGACGAUUCUUGCACCCCUCUUUGCAGUACUGGUUGCAACGGAGGCCGGUGCGUAGCCCCUGACGUGUGCCACUGCGACCCCCCAGCCACUUUAGACGAGGAGCAUAAAAACGUAUGCAUCAUGCCCACGUGUGAACCACCAUGUGUGAACGGCGCAUGCGUUGCCAAUGACACUUGUCAUUGUAACACCGGUUUCAUGGAGUACAACUCUACACAUUGCUACCAUUGUGACCCUGGCUAUGCGAUCGAUAUGACCUUCAACUGCGUUCCAAUUUGUGACCCACCGUGCGUUAAUGGAAACUGUAUUGGACCAAACAUUUGUGGCUGCCCUACUGGGUAUAAACUUAAGGGUACUUUCGCGUGUGAACCUGUUUGCGAUAGCCCUUGUAUCAAUUCCACAUGCACUGCGCCAAAUGUUUGUUCAUGUUUUGAGGGAUAUACGGAAGUGAAUGGUACUUGCGUACCGCGAUGUGUUUCAUGUGAUAAUGGACAAUGUGUUGGACCGAACGUUUGUGUUUGUAAUGACGGCUUUACAAAGGCUGAUGGUGGUUGCGUACCAACAUGCGAUGAAACUUGUGUGAAUGGAGUUUGCUCGGCUCCGAAUACGUGUUCCUGUAAUGAGGGUUAUAUAAAGGACAAUAGCAGUUAUUCCAGAUGCUUCAAGCCCUGCAGCGGCCAGUGCAAAAAUGGGUGUGACGAGAACGGAACAUGCAUAGAUUGCAGUAUACCUAUAAGGUAUGAUUAUUAA